UCUCCCACCUCUGUCUCCCUCUCUUCCUCUCUCACGCUCCCUCCAUCUCUCUCUCCCUUCAUCCUGUGCUCCCUCACUGCUUGCCCCCUUCUAUCCAGUUGAGUUGCUGCUGAUCUGAGAUCUGCCAAGAUGGCAAUGCAAGAGCUCCUGAAAGCUGAUGACAUCACCAAGGCCCUGGAUGCUUUCAAAGCUGCCGAUACCUUUGACCACAAGAAGUUCUUUGAACUGGUGGGCUUGAAAGCUAUGUCUGCAGAGAACGUUAAAAAGGUCUUCAAAGUUCUGGAUGUUGAUGCCAGUGGCUUCAUCGAGGAAGAGGAGCUCAAGUUUGUGCUGAAGGGAUUUUCCAAAGACGGCAGGGAUCUGACCGACAAGGAAACUAAAGCGUUCCUCACCGCUGCAGAUAAGGAUGGAGAUGGGAAGAUCGGCGUUGACGAGUUCGCAGCCAUCGUGCACGAGUAAAAGCGACGGACAUGGCAACCCAACACAUGGCCUCUCCUCCCUUCGGUCCGCCCCCCGCACCCCAAACCCCGCCCCUGUACCCCUAAUCCAAGGGAAGGAACCUCAUCCUCACCCGCCCCUUUAUUUAUUUACCUCUUCUUCUUCUUUUUUUUUUUAAUUUUUUUUUUUUUAUAUAUACAAACUCUGCGUAAACGCGACAAGUUUGACCCGAACGAUCAGCACGCACCUCUCCAGCGACCCGCUACGGAAGCCCGCCGACGUUUCCGCAGCUCCUCUCCUGCCCCUCUUCCCCUUCCUCUUUUUAGUUCGAGCACGUCUCUCCCUCUCCCCUCUUCGUCACUCGUCUCGCUCCCUCUCUCAUCCUCUCCCUCCUUCUGUCUCGCGCUCCAGAUAAGAGAUGGUGAAUGCAGUGUGGUACAAAAAGGAGGCACAAAAAAAAA